CUGUGACCCGGAAGGCCGGGCGGAGGCGACCGGCUGAGGGCCCUUGUCGGUGCGGGCAGCCGCUGGCCCGCUCCCCGCCGCCGCCAUGGGGAAGUCGUUCGCUAACUUCAUGUGCAAGAAGGAUUUCCACCCCGCCUCCAAGUCCAACAUCAAGAAGGUAUGGAUGGCCGAACAGAAAAUAUCAUAUGAUAAGAAAAAACAAGAAGAAUUAAUGCAACAGUAUCUGAAAGAACAGGAGUCCUAUGAUAACAGAUUGCUUAUGGGUGAUGAGCGUGUCAAGAAUGGUCUUAAUUUCAUGUAUGAGGCCCCACCUGGAGCAAAGAAAGAGGAAACUAAAGAGCAAGAAGGAGAAACUGAAUACAAAUUUGAAUGGCAAAAAGUCGCCCCUCGAGAAAAAUAUGCUAAGGAUGAUAUGAACAUCAGAGAUCAGCCCUUUGGUAUCCAGGCAAGUUACAUAAAUUUCACUCUGUGGAUAUCUUGGGUGUAUUUCAAAUAUUAUCUAACUGCAGAACCGGACUCUCUUAAUCUUAUCAUCUGUUUCUCAGUGCGGAAUGUGAGAUGUAUUAAAUGCCACAAGUGGGGUCAUGUAAACACUGAUCGCGAAUGUCCUUUAUUUGGCCUUUCUGGAAUCAACGCAAGUUCAGUCUCCAGUGAUGGUUCAGGGCCAUCAAUGCACCCCUCGGAGCUAAUAGCGGAGAUGAGAAACAGUGGGUUUGCACUGAAACAAAAUGUGCUGGGGAGAAACUUGACCGCGAAUGAUCCAUCACAGGAAUUUGUUGCAAGUGAAGAUGAUGAUCCAGAAGUUGAAUUUUUAAAGUCACUGUCAACCAAACAGAAACAGAAACUUCUAAGGAAGUUGGACCGUCUGGAGAAGAAAAACAAAAAGAAAGACAGAAAGAAGAAAAAGCAGCAAAAGAAAAAGAGCAAAAGUAAACACAAGAAACAUAAGACGAGAUCCUCUUCCUCAUCCUCCAGUGAGACUUCAGGAAGCAGCAGUGAGAGUGAGACUGACAGCAGAGAUAAAGCAGCACAAAAGAAGAUGUAUUCUAAGAAAAGGAAAAAAGACAAGAUUUCAGAGGCUAGCAGCAGCAGCAGCAGCAGCAGCAGCAGCGAUUCAGAAGGAAAAGCAAAGACCAGGAAGCAAAAAGUUUCUGAAAAUCUCUCCAGUAGGCACGGUAACAAGGACAGAGAUGGGGAGAAGUACAGACUUUUAAAGCAAGAUAGUUCUGCAGAGAACAACCAACGGAGCUCCCGUGAGGGGGAAAGUAAGUCCAAAAGCAGAUGCCACAGCAGCAACAACAGAGAGACUGAGAGAAAGGAGAGGGAUGGCAGAAGCCGAAGCGUGGAUGAGGGGAGCAGGAGAAGCCCUUGCACAAGUCACAGCAGUUCCAGGCAAAGGCAAAUACGAAAAAGUCCAAGUCAAAGCCCUGGUGAAGAGCGGCACAGGAAAAAUGAAACCAGAAGCCCCAGCACAGAGGUGCACAGAGAGAAGAAAAAAUGUAGAGAGAGGUAUGGGGACAAGUGCAGCAAAGUGGAACACAGAGACAGGAGCAGACGCAGUAGAAGCAGAAGCAGAGAGAGGAAAAAAAACAGAUAGUGUAGGGGACAGGUGCAAACAAGAAUGUCUCCAAUUUUUUGAUGAAUACCUUUAACAAGGGCUCAAUUACAUGUUGCUGUUCGUUUUCCAGUCCCUGUAACUAGCAUAUAGUCAACAGCAUAAUUUCUAUAAUGUUGGAAUAUUUGUAAAUUAGGUAUAAAUGUUAUGAUAUUUUUCUUACUGUAUAAAUAUACUUGUUGGCAAAUACCUCUUGUAUACAUGCAGUAAUUCAUCUACCUGAUUUUAGUGGUUUAAAAUAUUUCAGAGCAGUAUGUGAUAUCCUUGGUUUUGUCAAUGAAGAUUUAUGUUUAGAUGCAACUGUGAGGAGAAGCAGAGUAAUUUGGGAAGAGUCCUGGGAUAUGUUAAACGCUAACAAACGUUUGAGAUAGUUCUGGAUAAAAUCACUGCUUCAGAUAUCAAAACAUUGUAUUGUAGAGGGUUUGUUUUUUUCAUACUGAGGCAUUUCUCCUGAAGUUCCCUGUAAGAGAUCAAUUUCAUGAGUUAAAACAACAGAGACACAUAGUUCACAUAAGUGUGUAGCCAACAUUUUUUGACCUCCUGCAGUGUACAGCUUGGUCAGGGCUAUCUAAACAUCAUCAACUCCUGUUGGUAUGUGUCACUACAAUGUCAAGUUAUUGUUCAAUAAUCUCUCAAGACAUGAAAAGAAUAUUUACUGCCUCGACUGUUUCAGGUAUUGUUGUAGUAGAAAGUUAAUGUAAAUAGUCAUCCUUUUGUUUUCAUGGAGCAAACUUCCUUUUUUUUUUAAGUUUGUUUGUCACUUUCUGCACACAUUGUUGUGAAGGUGAACUCUAAUAAAAUACUGUAUUCUUUAAAAACA